GAUAUGUUGGGAGUAAAUGGUCACCCCCUGAGUGACCCGGAUGAAGUGCUCCCCUCGGACAGUGGCGUUGAAUGCCAGCGGGUGGUUGGAGAGGACGAUGGCAUCGUCAUCAGUCACGUGUGCAGCAUUGGCUCACAGAUGGUGGAGCAGCUGUUUGGCAGCGAGGAUGACAGCAGAGAGGGCAGCUCGGCGAGUCUUAGCAAGCACAAGUGCGAGUCCGACAGCCAAGCGGGCACCACUGGAGAAUCGGAGACAGACGGAGCUACCACAGGGCAGUGCAAGACCAGCGACCGAGCCAGUGCAAACCAUGUGUCGGCAAUGAGCAAUGAGCACAUAGCUUGCAUUCACGGGCUCCUGGAUGAGUAUAUCCAAACCUAUGGCAGUUUGAUACCCCUGAACACCGACGAUGUGAUUGAGAAGCUGCAGGGUGUUUUUGAAGAAGAUUUCUCGACUCCACACAGAAAGAACCUGAUUCAGAACGUGAUGCAGUCGUACCACCGAAUGAUUGGGAAUAAUGCUGUUCGAAAUUUUCGAGUCACAUACAAGAGGCAUGUGCUCACUAUGGAUGACCUCUCCACAUUGUAUGGCCAGAACUGGCUGAAUGACCAGGUUAUGAACAUGUAUGGAGACCUCGUUAUGGACACAGUCCCGGAUAAGGUUCACUUCUUCAACAGCUUUUUUUACGACAAACUGAGAACCAAGGGGUACGAUGGCGUGAAGAGGUGGACUAAAAAUGUUGACAUCUUUAACAAAGAUCUGCUCUUGAUUCCCAUUCACCUGGAGGUCCACUGGUCACUGAUCUCUGUCGAUGUGCGUGAGAAGACAAUAACAUACUUUGACUCCCAGCGAACCCUGAACAGGAGGUGCCCCAAGCAUAUUGGGAAGUACCUCCAGGCGGAAGCCAUCAAGAAGAACCGCCAGGACUUCUACGAUGACUGGAAAGGAUAUUUCAAAAUGAAUGUCGCAAGGCAAAACAAUGACAGUGACUGUGGAGCCUUCGUACUUCAGUUCUGUAAGUGUCUGGCUCUGGGACAACCAUUCAGCUUCACCCAGCAGGACAUGCCCAAGCUCCGGCGCCAGAUCUACAAGGAACUUUGCAACUGCAAGCUGACUGUGUAAAGAGCCUGCUCCCAGAAAUUGGCUGACACAAGCCUAACAUUGGGUGACUGACCAGAUAAAAUGCACCCUUUUGUGAACAUUACAAAGAUGGCACAAGAAGGCUUGAUUCAACAAUUCCAGUCUUCAAAUGUGUUGAAACAUGAAACGUUUUUUUUUCCUUUUUUAAACGAGCAAACUUUUUUUUCUAUGCCAUAUUUUUUCAAUUAUUUAAGUGUUGUUCAAGUUUGAAAUUCUGGUUAACUAUGUUGUAUUAUUAAACCAGGAUCACAGGACUAAAAGGCAGCAAUGGAUUCAUGUAAAGGCAUUGGGUAUUUAGCAUCUUUAAAGCUGUCCAUUAGCUGUCCUGUGAAUUAGGGGAGAAAGUGAUUAUGCAGGAUCGGUGACUCUCCAUGGGGACUGUCAGGUUUUAGUUCCGAGGCUUGCUUGUCUCUUGGGACUAUUUUCUGUGAGCUCUCAGUCAGCAGCCUAAGCCAAGUGGGUUGGUGCAGAGAAGUCUCUCAUUUUUGGAUGGCUAGGGGAGGGAGCAUGGUGCUGCCUGUUUUGUAUGGCUACACUGACAUUAUUGCCCCUGAUAGUCAAAGAAAGGUUGUGGCCUACUACUGUGUGGAGUGGCAUUAGGAGGAGAGUAGGCUGUCUUCGAUACCUGUGAAGCUUUCGAGUAAAAGAAGAGGUUGCGUCUAUUGAAAUUCAAUUAAAUUAACUUGAAAGUGAUGGUUAGUCACUGUCCAAAUCCUAUUAAAGACGUUGAUGUUUCGUUCUA